AGGAGAUGACCAGAGACUGCGGACAGUACAGGGGAUGACCAGAGACUGCAGACACAGUACAGGAGAUGACCAGAGACUGCGGACAGUACAGGGGAUGACCAGAGACUGCGGACACAGUACAGGAGAUGACCAGAGACUGCGGACACAGUACAGGAGAUGACCAGAGACUGCAGACAGUACAGGAGAUGACCAGAGACUGCGGACACAGUACAGGGGAUGACCAGAGACUGCAGACAGUACAGGGGAUGACCAGAGACUGCAGACACAGUACAGGAGAUGACCAGAGACUGCAGACAGUACAGGGGAUGACCAGAGACUGCAGACACAGUACAGGAGAUGACCAGAGACUGCGGACAGUACAGGGGAUGACCAGAGACUGCGGACACAGUACAGGAGAUGACCAGAGACUGCAGACAUAGUACAGGAGAUGACCAGAGACUGCGGACACAGUACAGG